AUGACGUGCCUUCGCUGUGCUGUAUUUUUGUUGUGGACCCUCAGUACAUUCGCCAUAAUUGAAUCAUCCAAGCACAGUGUGGUACAGAAGAGCCUACACCGAGCCACCGAGGAGUGCAACCAAUAUCUUGUUGGAAGCCCACAGUGUCUUGCCCGAUGUGAAGCAUUGAUUUUACAGUCCUGGAACGAGACAGCUGGACUUCGAUAUGUCCCAUACGGUCAACAUUUCCAUCCGCACAUCAACGAUGCCAACUUCCUGAAUCGUACCUUCAAGUGCGUCAACGAUAAAUUGCCACAUGUUGCAUGCGACGCUGCCUGUUCCAGGGCAUCCAUCUACAAGCAGUGCCACUUGGAGCAGUGUGGGAACCUGGUUGGUUCGCCGCAAUUCGUUCCAAUGUCAGUGUGGAGAAUCGGAAAAACGGUGCAGGACUGUGCCCAGAUACUGCAAGUUAACGCAACAGAGUUGGGACACUUUGCCCGCAACAGAUUCGAUGUAUCCACGCGGUCAAGAUGUCUGCUGCGGUGUGUGAUGAUUCGUCAGGGAUUGUUUAGCGACGCUGGAGGACUAAACCUUGAACGACUGUACGCCCAGUGGGGAGCUCAUGAUAUUGAUCUGGAAACGUUCAAACGUAAAAGUGCGCAAUGCAUUGACCGUGUUCGCAGCACAUGCCACGACAACUGCACAUUUGUAGCUCGAAUCGUCACCCAAUGUUUCACACAUCGAUCAGGACCGUUGGGGUCAACUGUGGAUAAUUCAAUCAGGACGGUGGUUAUAGAUUGCAUAAGACCGUUUUUAUCACUUGAUCCGGCAAAUGCGUAUGCUGCAUUGUUCACACUUUUCUCGUUUGACAAUUCCUUCGAAUUGAUACUGAAGUAUAUGCAUUCACUGGGGGUUCCAUCGGCAGUAGCAACGGAUGUAGUGGCCAUCUUGAAACAAAGAUAUGAAGAAUUCAUGUGUGACGUUUACCCUAAGGCUGCGCAUUGUUUGGCUGAGUAG